AUGUCACCGGAUUUUAGUAAAACACCAAAUAUUCAAAGAUUUAUGAACAAAUUUUUUAUAUUAGGUCGAGGUCUUUCGAAAUUCAAAAAGAAUUAUCAAUUAACCGAAGAACUUGGUCGUGGCGGUUUUGGUAUUGUGUAUGGUGCGAUACGAACUAAUGAUGAAACACCUGUCGCUGUAAAAUUUAUUGACCGAAGAUAUGUGAGAGAAUGGGGAAAAUUAAACGACGAGCAAGUACCAAUGGAGAUCAGUAUUCUCGCUCGUUGUGCCCCUAUAACGGGCGUUGUUGACCUUCUCGAUUGGUUUCAUUUAGCUGAAGGAUUUCUUAUAAUUAUGGAACGACCAUUUCCUUCCAUUGAUCUUUUCGAUUUUAUCAAAAGUGAACAACGAUUAACUGAAAAUUUUGCACGCUUUUUCUUUCGACAAAUCGUGCAAACGGUCGAUGAAUGCAUGCAACGAAAAGUUGUGCAUCGAGAUUUAAAGGACGAAAAUAUUGUAAUUGACUUGGUGACAGGUGAAAUUCGGCUGAUUGACUUUGGUGCUGCAAUAUUACUCGAUGAAAUUCAUUAUUCGGACUUUCAAGGUACCAGGUUAUAUUGUCCACCUGAAUGGUUCCUUCAUUCGCUUUAUUUGGAUGAGGAAGGAACGGUUUGGUCGCUUGGUAUUUUGCUAUAUAACAUGUUGAAUGGACGACUACCUUUUCAUGAUGAAAAAGAUAUUUGCACUAUGCACAUGCUUGGACCAUUACAAUUUUAUGCUCCAAUAAGCUCUGAGGCCAAAGACCUCAUUCAGCAGUGUUUACGCUUUGAUCCAUUAACUCGUUGUACAUUAGAAGAAGUUUUGAGACAUAAAUGGACGAAAACUUUAACACCUGACUGGUUAACGCUAAUUUCUUCAUCAACUUUUAAUAACGAAAACGAUGAGAAUAGUUUUUGCCUUAAAGAAACUAACAACGAAAGUUCAAUCAAAUCACUAAAUAGCGAAAAAUCUUUUAUCUCAGUUCAUUAA